AUGACUGAAUUCAAAGUUGCUCUAUGCAGGAACUAUGUCUCUGGCGAAAAAUGGGUCCAAGACAUUGUUGACUCAUGGUAUCGUACCAUCGGGGACUUCUUCCCUGGUGCAGCAAUAGACCUUUUCCAUCCUAUCGAAGGAACCCCAUUUCCCAACGCCCAAGACUAUAAUUUGAUCAUUUUGACAGGGGGAACUUUCAAUCUCACCCAGGAAAAAGUGGAUCCGUGGGUUGAAGGUACUUUCCAAUUUAUCCAGACAGCGACUAGGGACCAUCCGAAGACAAAGAUUUUGGGAAUUUGCUUGGGACAUCAAGUAGUUGCACGUGCGCUGGGUGGGAAAAUUGGGAUUCUUAAGACAGAGCAAGCUGUUGGUGUCCAGGAUAUUGCCAUCACACCAGAAGGGAAAUCCUUCUUUGGACUAGACAAGGAACAUAUCUCAAUCCACAAGUUCCAUAAGAUGGUAGUGACUCUUCCAGCUCCGGGGUAUAUUUCAUUGGCAGCGGAAAAUGAGAUUCUCCUAUCUGAGGCCCAGAAUGUCCUUACCUUCCAAGGGCAUCCUGAGCUGGUCGGCGAUAUGGCCAAGGAAAUUCUGGACGCAGACACAGGUGCUUUCACUUCGGGCUUCAGCAAGGAGGAACUUGAUAACAUGUUCCAAAGCGUCAAAAGGCCCCAUGAUGGAGACGCCCUCUUUGCGCGGAUUGCCACCUGGGCUCAGAGCUAG